AUGGCCGAUUAUAGGCAAAUGAAAAAGCCAAACAUACAACAAAUCAAGUUGUUGCUCCCCCUCUCCCUCGGCGUCUCCUCCUCGAUCCUAUUGCAUAUUCUUAAUGCCGAUAUCCAACGCCAACUCGCCAAGCCGUAUGGCGGGCUCGGUUACGACCUUCAUAUACUUGUCGUCGAUCCCUCAACCAUCCUCCCGUCGAGCACCAAAUAUGAUCAAGCCUAUGAGGCUGCAACAAAAGCGUUCCCGGACCUCAAAUUGACCCGCUUGCCGUUUCAUAGUGUCUUCGAGUAUGUCCCAGAUAUGAAGGAAAUUAUUCAAGAGUAUACGGGCCCACACUUCAGCGACGACGAGUCGCGGUCGAAUCAGGAUCGUCUGGCUGCAUUCCGUGCUGCUGUCUCAACCGCAACGUCCAAGGCCGACCUCGACUCUGUGUUGUUGACGAGACUUGUGGUUGGAUACGCAAAGAAUACUGGCUGCGAGGUUGUGAUUUGGGGUGAUUCGGAUAGUCGUCUUGCGGCGAAGACACUUGCUGGUGUUGCCAAGGGUCGUGGUGCCUCCUUGACCUGGUCGGUUUCCGACGGCAUGUCUCCUUGGGGCGUGCGCUUCGGCUUUCCGCUACGAGAUUUGUCAAAACCCGAGCUCGAGCAAUACAAAAGCGUUUGCGAGGAGCUUUCUGACAUCAUCAUCAGUGAUGAGCCUUUGUCAGACAACGUUCUCACGAAGAAUCUGUCUAUCGACGAGCUCAUGAUGCGCUAUGUUCACACGCAGGGCGAAAAAUACCGUGGUGUGAUGGCGAACGUGACGAGAACGGCAAAUAAGCUUGAGUCGACGGCCGGGUCGGACGAUCAUUUGUGCCCGCUGUGCGGAGGGCUCGUGGGGAAUGUCAAGGGCAACUCUGGAGUAACUGUCGCUAACCAAUCCAGUGACAACCACAGCUCCAAGUUCUGCUACGGGUGUAUGAGGUCACGUCCAGAAGCCACCUGCUAA